CUCUCCUACACACCCUACAUCCACAAUGGAGCCUCUGGACAGGACAGGCUGGACACUGCUCUCUGGUGACCCCGACACCUCCACUCCCAACCUGGGCUAUCACUACUCCUACCCUGAUUCUGGUCCUGCAACCCCGUCCUUCCCCUCCCCAUCCUUGUUCCCCAGUUCCUCCUCCAACGUGUCCAGUCAGAGUGUCCCGUUCCAGGGCAGCAGUACCCUGAUGACUGCGGUCAUCUCCCUGAGUGUGUUCGUGGUCGGCCUGAUCGGUAACACCCUGGCCAUCUACGUGGUGCUACGCUACGCCAAGAUGAAGACCGUCACCAACAUCUAUAUUCUGAACCUGGCAGUCGCAGAGGUCAGAGUUUAG